UAGUGGGUGUGAACUUCCUGGUUGUGUGUGUAAACAGUUCCGUUAACGUGAAGAAGCUCAGCUCCGGUACCGGACAUCAGCUGCUCCUGUCCCCGGUGUGAACAUGACCUCCUGUCCGUUCCUCCCGGUGCUCCUCCCGGUGCUCCUCCCGGUGCUCCUCCCGGUUCUCCUCCCGACCUGCUGCCUGGUGUUGGCGGUGGAUGUGAGCGGAGGCUCCGGCGGCAGCACCGCGGCUCUCCGGCCCUCCGGCACGAACUCCAGCCGGCCCAACUCCACCUUGAGCGGGGCUCCGCCGAGCAGCUUCACCGUGGACAGCUCCAUGAUCCAGAGGAGCCUGUACGUCCUCAUCGGGGUCUCCAUGUUCGGGGUCCUGUACUUCCUGGUCCGAGCCGUGAGGCUGAAGAAACCCAGCCAGAGGAAGAAAUACGGUUUGUUGCUCAACGACGCGGUGGAGAUGGAGGAGGUGGAGACUGACGAGGACGACACACUGUUCGAGGCUCGCAGCCUCCGCAGAUGAGUCCAGAAGAAGACGUGGAUCAGGAUCCUGUCGGCUGUCGGCCGAUGAUGGAUCAGGAGAGAGAGGACUGAUGGACCAAACUUUAUUAUUAUUCGUAUUAAUAUCACAAUGAAUGCAGAUUAAUGCCAAAGCUACAGCUGCUCCAGGAGCCGAGCAGGAUAAUCAAUAUUUUUUUACGUGGCGUCGGAUGAUGUGAUCACAGGUCGCCAUGACGACAAAGUUCCCUCUGAGUCUCCUCAUCUUUUUCUAAGAGUUUUACUCUGAGCUUCAAACUUGUGACGGACAUGACGCAGCAGUGACCAAUCAGACUGAGGAGGCGUGUUCCACCUGAAACUGUCCAGAUAACGGAGCUCCGCCCCCAAGGACUACACAACCACAUUUUCUGUUUUCUGCUGCGAGUGAACGUUUCAUGACAACACACACACACACACACACACACACACACACACAGAAACAAACACACACCCCUUCAUUUUUUCUGUUCAUUCAAAUAAAAGUCAAAAGGUUUUUCGUGUUCGACGUUUGAACGUUGAUAACAGUUCAACAUGGCUCGGUGAAUAAAUGAUGACAUCAGCAUUUACAGAAGUCACAUGACUUUAACUUCCUGCUGAAGGACAGAGGAAACAUGGCUGCAGAUGAAAAGUUCAUCAUCAGUGGACCAAUGAGGAGACGGUUCCUUUACCUUGCACCAGUUUUCUUACUUCGAUCUUUGAUUUGUUCAGCGACAUCAUCUCUUCUUCUGCAGUGGUGUAUCAGCACCAAAGGGAGCAGCAGCGCCACCCACUGUUUAUCUCCAGCUCCUGAUGUUCACAGGACGCAAACUAUUUGAUUUUGACCAUUUUCUAAAAGUUUAGUUAAAAACUGUUAUUUCUGAAUAAAAUCAAUAAAAAUUGAUUAAAAUCAUCAAACAAA